AUGUCUACGAAUUAUCCUUCUACACGCCGCUUCGGUGCACACGUCGGGCUUAAGCUUGAGGACGGGGCGUUGGCGGCUACGUCGGCUGCCGCCUCGACGACCGCGCGCGGGCCGCGGCAGUCGUGUACUGCCACGCCGCUGUGUCGCACGUUCCUCGAAAGGAAUUUCAAAUUUCGAACCGCACGUGCCUUCCGCGUUCGGUGUUUG